UCAUCUGUCAAUGUGACAUUGUUAUUAUCACGUGUAGUAAGGCCUGGACACCGCGUUUUCUACUCGCUCGAGUUCCUGCUUCUGAGUACGUCGAAUAUUUGAAACAAGCCACGAUGAAAGAGAACUUGCCACUAACCAAUUCCCGUCCAGAGUUCAAGCAAUUCAAAAAAGGCUUCAAUGAGAUCCUCACUUCAUUGGGCCAACCUCACAUUGACUCCUUCAACCAAAUGUUAUCCAACGGGUUGAAUACCUCAGCGGCCAACAUUACGCCGCUGAGAUUUCAACUACCGACAGGUGAAAAGGUGGAGGUCAAAGUGGAAAGUAUACACAUUUCCUCGCCCUCGGUGCCUCCUGACGCAUUUGGUACUAAAGAUAAAAAGGUGUAUCCCAUGGAGUGCCGGCAACGGGGAGAGACCUACAAGGGAAUGUGUUCAGCGAGGAUCGGCUGGAACAUAAACGGACUACAAAAGCCAUCAGUGGACGUAGAGUUAGGGGAAGUGCCUAUAAUGCUGAAGUCCGAUGCCUGCAACUUAAAAGGCCUCACUCCAGAGCAAUUAGUUAAACGAGGUGAGCACGAAAAUGAAUGGGGUGGUUAUUUUAUAGUCAAAGGUAAUGAGAAGAUGAUUCGGAUGUUACUAAUGACUCGGAGAAACUACCCCAUCGCAGUGAAACGAAGUGUUUGGAAGGAUCGAGGCGCUUUGUUUAGCGACCUUGGAAUCUUAGUAAGAACGGCACGAAAUGAUGAAACGUCGUUCAACAACGUACUUCACUACUUAAAUAACGGAAGUGCAAAAUUCAUGUUUUCCCAAAGUAAAAUGCUUUCGUACGUGCCUGUUUGUCUGCUGCUUAGGGCCCUGACGAAUAAAACCGAUGAUAUCAUUUAUUCGGAUCUAUUGCGAGGCUAUGAAGCUGAUCAAUACUACUCUCAGUGCAUCCAAAACAUGCUCCGUGAGUUACACGAAGAAGGAAUACACACACAGCUUGAAUGCAAAAAUUAUGUCGGAGAAUUGUUUCGAUCGAGAUUUAUCGAGUUGCCUCCAUGGACGGAGAAUGUGGCAAUCACUGAUUAUAUCCUUAAUGAAAGGAUUUUAGUGCAUCUCUAUUCGCAUGAAGAUAAAUACAACUUCAUUGUUCUAAUGGUUCAGAAACUAUUUCAGUGCGCACAGGAAAAAACAAAGGUGGAAAAUGUCGAUGGAGUGAUGAUGCAAGACGUGUUACUUGGAGGACAUUUAUACCAAAGAGUCUUGAUAGAACGGAUAGAAAUGUGGCUUAUCUAUCUGCAAAGAUCAAUACUAAAAAAAUGCAACGACGGCUCUUCCAAUUUGAGUCCUGCCUUAUUCGCAGCUUGCAUACGACAAGCUGGAACCAUCACCAGAAGUAUAGAAUCAUUUUUGGCUACUGGAAGCAUUUCGUCCCGCUCCGGCCUCGGAUUAAUGCAAAGUACAGGGCUUGUAAUAAUGGCAGAAAAUAUCAAUAGAAUGCGAUAUAUGUCACAUUUUCGAGCUGUACACAGAGGAUCUUAUUUCACAACAAUGCGUACGACAGAAGCUCGGCAGUUAUUACCAGACGCUUGGGGUUUUAUUUGUCCUGUUCACACUCCCGAUGGCGCUCCAUGCGGUCUUCUUAACCAUUUGACGGUGAACUGUCAGAUAUCAGGUGCUCCGGAUAAAACACUAGUAGCGAAAAUUCCUGAAAUACUCAUUGAGCUUGGAAUGGCUCCCAUUAGUUCAAGGAAAUUUUCCAAUGAGCACACCACUUGUGUUAUGCUAGAAGGCAGAGUUUUGGGAUACAUCCGAGAAGUAGAUGUCUCCAGAAUAGUGGACAAGUUAAGAUAUUUGAAAGUUAAUGGGGAAUUGCCACAGAUGAUGGAAAUUGUUUCUCUACCUUACGAGGAGAAAGGCCAAUAUUCUGGGUUGUUUCUGUUCGUUGGACCGGCAAGAAUGAUGCGACCAGUGAAAAAUUUACAUCUGAAUAAAGUUGAAUUUAUUGGGACAUUUGAACAAGUGUACAUGAACAUUGCAAUUGAUGUAAAAGAAAUUUACCCCAAUGUAACGACUCAUAUGGAACUCUCCAAAACUUCAUUCUUGAGUAAUUUAGCAAACUUGAUUCCUAUGCCAGACUGCAAUCAAUCUCCACGUAACAUGUAUCAAUGUCAGAUGGGUAAACAAACCAUGGGAACUCCAUGUCAAAAUUUCAACUUACAAUCGGAAACAAAACUGUAUCGCCUGCAAACGCCAUCAUCGCCACUUUUCCGAACAACUCACUAUGAUAAUAUUGAUUUGGACGAUUUUGCCAUGGGAACAAAUGCAAUUGUGGCAGUUAUUUCAUAUACGGGAUAUGAUAUGGAAGAUGCUAUGAUAAUUAAUAAAUCGGCUCAUGAACGGGGCUUUGCUUACGGCAGCAUUUAUAAAUCGCAAUUCAUUGAACUUCGAGGCAAUGACUAUUUUGCUCGCAAUCCACAUGACCCUGAGUUAGCGAAAUAUAUCGAUAAUGAUGGACUACCGGCCCCUGGGACGAAAUUAACGUAUAAAUGUGUUCUUUAUUGUUACUUUGACACAGACGAAGCUACAUAUAAGGUUGUAAAAAACGAAGAGAAGGAAGACGCUGUUGUAGAUAACGUCCGAUAUUGUGGAAGUUUUGCAUUGAAUGCUCCUAAGAAAAUUUGCAUCACGAUAAGGAUUCCAAGAAAAGCCAACAUUGGUGAUAAGUUCGCUUCACGUGCCGGUCAGAAGGGUAUAUGUUCCCAAAAAUAUCCAGCAGAAGAUUUACCUUUCACCGAAAGUGGAUUAAUACCUGAUAUUGUUUUCAAUCCACAUGGAUUCCCAUCUCGAAUGACGAUUGCUAUGAUGAUAGAAGCGAUGGCAGGGAAAAGUGCUGCAAUUCACGGAUUAGCACAUGAUGCUACUCCUUUCAGAUUUUCAGAAAAAAAUACGGCAAUCGAUUAUUUUGGUAAAAUGCUACAGGCGGGCGGCUACAAUUAUUAUGGAACAGAACGAAUGUACAGCGGCGUCGACGGCCGCGAAAUAGUUGCCGAUGUAUUCUUCGGUGUUGUCUAUUAUCAAAGACUAAGGCAUAUGGUUUUCGACAAGUGGCAGGUACGCUCCACGGGACCGGUAGAUGUGAUUACGCAGCAACCGAUCAAAGGAAGAAAACGUGGAGGUGGUGUUCGUUUUGGGGAAAUGGAACGUGACGCGUUGAUUUCACAUGGCUCUGCGUUUUUGCUUCAAGAUCGUUUGUUCUAUAAUUCUGACAAAGUUUCAACAUUAAUUUGCAAUAAAUGCGGAACACUUAUAGGACCAAUGCGAAGAAUAGUUAAACGAUCGAACACAGGGCUAACAGCAACUCCGUCUACAUGCAAACUGUGUCAUGACAGCACAAACAUCGGAUUUAUUGAAGUUCCAUUUGCAUUCAAAUAUUUAGUAACUGAACUAGCAUCCGUAAACAUAAAUGCUAAUUUUAAACUGUCUGUAAUAUGAUACGUUAAUCCGAAGUGGAGCUGACUUUUGUUAUUAUUAAAUAAAUGUUUA